UGGAAAGUCCUACACUGACAGUUAUGUUUGCACGUGGCUUUGUGAUCUGAUCGGAUUCAAACCGUUUGCGGAUGUUUUAUUAAUUACCGUUGAAAACACCUGCUGUAUUUCCACUGUUAACUUCAACACAAAGAUUAGCAAUGAUUUCGAAAAGUUAAAUGCGUCUACUUGGAAUAUUGUUUCCAUUCUCGCACAUGGCCAAGACAGAGAGAAUGUUGAUGCUACUUUAAGACGUCUUAAACAGACCCCCCACGAAUGUCGGAAUACCGAGAUCAAGUCCUUGCCAGACCAAGGGGAGAAGUCAGACUUAGAUCUGGUGGGCUACAUCUGGGAUGAUCUGAAGCUAAAAGAUAACUUGACAUCCUUAUCGAAGGUCCAUGGAGGGGGAUCAUAUUAUGUAGGACUAGCGGAAAAGGUGGACACAAAGGGUGGUUAUAAGAAGAAAGUUAUCACAGAGGAAGGUUUUCAAAUUACCAAUCCAGAAACCUUUAAGAAGGCUAUUACUGAUAAGAUCAAUGCAAAUGUGUGCGUGUUACAUCACAAUGGAACAUUCGAUCAGCUCCCUCCAUCUUUGAUAAAGAUUGAAACAUACAAUAUUUCACCCCAAAAAUAUGUUUUGGAAGUGGCUGUUGGAUAUUUCAGUGGUUUAGUAUUCUCUGACAAGGGCGGACCUCGUACCUAUGAAAUAUUAGAGGGAAAUAUUGAAAGGAUGGACAAAGAAAAGUGGUGGAACAGAAUAACACAGCUGCCUUCCUGGAAAGGAAUAAACACAAAGUCAGCUGAGGAAUGAGGCAUCGUACAUCAUUUUUUACUGCUAUAAAAGGUAUUUCAGUAAUACAAGGGUAGGCAACAUCAGAAAUCUCCUUAUGCGUACUUGAACUGAACUCUGUCCUCGACGUGAACAUUUGAACGACUACAUUGACGACAACCUUUGAGCAGUAUGGGUUCCUCCGUGGACAGUGACGACUCAGAACUGUCCAGUAGCUACAGCUCUGACGAUGUUGUCGAGUGCUCUAACCACAAGUACAGAGGAAUGCAUUCCCAGGGAAAAAGGCCCUUGGAGUUCAGUUGUUACUCAUUUCUGGUAUACCAUAAUCACUUUGAUAUUGAGAAGGGUGGCAUUUACCCAAAAGAUGUGGAGCUGUACCUUCCCAAAUGUAUUCUUCGUUCCAUCCAAUCAAUUCCUGCGACGCACUGUAUCUACGUCAACUCUCCACUGCUCACGUUCCUGGAGCCAGAAGAGGAGGUUCCAGCUCCACACAGCGUCGUAUGUGAUGCCUAUGUCUUUGGGGAAGAUAGGACGGUUAAAGUCCUUACGUUCGUAGAAGCUGAAGUUGAUGAUGCCUUACACUACAACUCCACACUCGCCCAGAGUCUCACAUACAUUGUAAGGAGGAAACAUGGAUCCAACUUUCAUCUCCUUCAUGGCGUGAUAGGACCCGAUGAGUGGAAGCAUCCUGACAAUUUUCAUAAAACUGUCGAAUGCCUACAAUCAAAUGUUGAGAAGUAUACACUCCCUGGAUCUCUACAAUACAAUGCAGAGUUGCUGGAUAGCGCCAGAGAGAUAUUUUUCAAAAUGAUGCUCGAUCAACAAGUAUCUGUGAGGCAGAGUGAAUGGACUGAUCUAUUUGUUGAGACGGCUGCUUACCAUGACGCCAGAGCCAAACUGCAACAAAAUGGACUUCUUAUACUAAUUGGUAGCCAUGGUGAAGGCAAGACCACAAUUGGACAAAAACUCUGUUACGACUAUCAGCAAGAAGGCUACAACACUGUCAUCUACAGCAGACUGGAGGACUUCAAUCCAAAAAUACUUCAGUCAAAGCAGUCUACACUUGUGGUGCUCGAUGACAUGUAUCCUUACAUCCAUGAGACAUUCUCGCGUAAAAGGAAGAACGUGCGUCUAGUUGUCAUAGAAGAACACGAUAAGGAAGAAGCCCAAUUUGUAAAACGUCUGCUCAGAACAAAUACAAUCACUGUGAACAUUACAAAAACACGAAACAUGAACUGGGAGAGAACCAAAGACGAAUAUUCUCGAAUGUUACAGCUGCAGACAGACAUACCAGACGAAACUCGGGAUAAGAUCACUGCACAGCUGCCUCAGUAUUAUGUUGGUUUUCCGAAGGUCAUUAAACGGUUCUGGAAGGAUAGCCCUGUGACUGAUCCUCUCACAUAUUUUACAAGCCCUCACACAUACUUCAGUACAGAAGUAGAAAAACUAUUUGAGAAUCAGAACUAUGCUGCUGGAAUUUUGUAUGUUCUGGUAUCAAGAAACAAAGUUGACCUUAUCAGCUGUAGCGAUAGUGAUACUCUUGAAUCUGAAUCUAAGUCUGAAUCUGAAUCUGAAACCGAAUCGGAAUCGGAAUCUCUGAACAUUGUUUCAGAAGAGUAUAUGCGCGCACUGAGGGCUGAUGACCUGUAUCCUACUGCCAAUAAUUCUGUUCGUGUUGAUGAUGUUCCUAUUGAUCCUCCCCGGAAUGAAUAUGUCUUUAAAGCUGUUGACGGCAAUGCACUUGACGCAGUUGACACGCUCUUUCCUACUGUUGACAAAGGCGGCCUUCCUGACAUCAUACACAAACUAAAUGAGACCUACCUGUCCCAAAAGGGCAACACAGUAUGUUUCAAUGACCCUUUGACAUACGAUGUCUGUGUGUUCUAUGUUGAUACAAGGUUCCCCGGAAGUCUGUGGAAACACUGCACUGCCGUUUUUGAAGGUGAUGACUUGGCAUCGCCCAAUCAGAGUACUAUUCUUAUCUCCAGAAGUAACAACGACAAGCUCAUUGACCAGUUGAUUGGAUGUGUUAGGAGAGGGGAAUUCAGGAAUACAUUGUCCCACCCAGUCCUCACCAAGGAGGGCAACAUAGACAGGUUCUUUGCCGAACUUGGAGAAACUCUUAAGGAGGUGUUAGACUUACGAGAAGAACAGGAUUCUGCUAUUACACACGGUUUCCUGUACUGGGUCCUUCGGUCUGGCAAUGAUUACAUGCGUAAGAAAGUAUUACAGCAAAAGGAACUGUCACGGGCACACAUCAGUGACGGUCUCACGUCUUGCCUUAGACUGAACCAGACAAAUUAUUUCUUGUAUCUAUGGCAGAAUAUGCUUGAUCCAAACAGUCAGCUAAGCUUUAGUGAUUCAGACGGCAACUCCUUUCUUAUGCUUGCUGUGAUCAGAAACAGAAAGUCAAUUGUGAAGUUCUUGUUGGAUGCUGGUGCAGAUCCACUGACGAGAAACAAGACUCAAAACACAGCUAUUCAUUUGGCAUGCAUGAAUGGAUAUACAGAGCUUGUGAAAACACUCAUACCGCAUCUUGGUGAUAGAUGGAACACAAAAGGUCAACACUCGCGAACAACACUCAUGGUGGCAGCUCACCAUGGUAACAGUCCACUGUACCACUAUCUCACCAAUAACAGAAAGGCUGAUCUGACUGGUGUUGAUGAUUAUGGUAACACUAUGCUACAUUUGGCAUGUGAGGGUGGUUGCCUAGCAAUUGUUAGCCAUAUCAUUUCCAGUAAACUGUUCGAUAUUAACCGUGUUGGACAGUAUGGAAAGACUCCAUUGAUGAUAGCUGCUUUCAAGGGUCACAGAGAUGUGUGUGGUUAA